CAGGCCAGCCCAGGCCAUGCUCCUGGGAUUUCUUUCGCUUGAUUUGAUGUUGAAUAUUAUUCCCAUGCGGAUAUCUCUCCUCAUCAGUGUUAAAAAUAAAACGUUGUCCCUAGUCUUACCUUCCCCCCCCCGGUCCAGUAAGAGCUCAUACGUAAGUGCCGUUUGCCAUGUUGGUGGGUUGGCUUUGCUGUGCGUGUUUCUCUCCGGUCUUUUGUGCGCGUGUUGUUGGUCAAGGGUCGCCUUCCGGGAGAAGGGCGCCGCCGAAUAGGACCGACCCUCGGCACCAGACAACCCGAGGCGAUUCUGUGAGGAGCCAGGUGUGCCUCGACAUGUUCUAUUUCCGAGCCUUGGCUCGGGCUUUACCCUUCAACGCCUCUCAUGAUGUAGGGAGAUGGCUGCUAGACGGCCUGAAAGCGUCAUAAAUGCUUCCGGAGAAUAAACAAAGGACGCUAUGUGGUUCAUUACAAGUGUCCAAACAGC